CCCGGGAACAGGACUGACAGCAGCGGGGGGGUUGGGGGGGGGUCCGGCCGCCUCGGCCCCCGGCAUCGUCCCUGGCACACGGCCCCGGCAGCAAAGCCGUUGGCGGCGGCCGCGGGUUGCCGGAGCCCGGCCAGCGGCCUCGGGGAGGCCGGGGGGGGGGGGGGGGGCGCCGGCUGCCGCUGGGCGAAAGCCGCCGCCGCAGGCAUCUGGAAGGUUCCGGCUCGUCCGUCCCCCGUCCCCCCCCCCCCCCACGCCGCCCUGACCCUCUCCCCGCCGCCCUCCCGCCCUAUAAAUGCGGGCGGCAGCGCCCGCCGUGCGGCGGAGCGGAGGCACCGAGGGCACGGGCGGCGCGGGGCCAUGCUGGGGGCCUGGCUGCUGCUCUGGGGGGGCCUGGCCCUGGGCUGCCGGGGCGAGACGGCCUUCCUCCGGCGUGCCGAUGACAGCGCCGGGCGCUGCACCUACUCCUUCACGGUGGCCAGCCCCGUCGAGGCGGCGUGCCCCGAUGCCGGCGGCGUGCCGGAGCUGCGGGCCGAGCUGGCCGCCCUCGCCGCCCGCCUGAGCCGGCUGGAGAGCCGGGAGCGGGGCGCGGGGGGCUCGGGGCCGAGGGGAGUCGAGGCGGGGGGGGCACGGGACCCCCAGCAAGCGGCCCCGGCCGCUCGCCUGGAGGCCGCCUACAGCGAGCUGCUGCGGGCCAAAUCCCGGCUGGAGGAGGAGAAGAGGCGGCUGGAGCGGGAGAAAGAGGAGCUGGGGAGGCGCCUGGAGAGCAACACCCAGGAGAUCACCCGGCUGCGGGCCACCCGCUGUCCCCCCGGCGGAGAGGGGCCAGGCCGUGACGCCCUGCGUGGCCCCGGCAAAGCUCCCCGCUGGGACCCGCAGCCCCUCGCCUACCAGGAGCUGCAGUCGGAGAGGACGGAGGUUCCCGCAUCCCGGCUGCUGGAGGAGACCGCGCUCGGCCGCCCGGGAAGCAAGGACUCGGGCUGCGGCGAGCUGGUGUGGGUGGGGGAGCCCGUCGUCUUCGGCCGGGCAGAGUCCAUCGCCGGCAAGUACGGCGUGUGGAUGAAGGACCCGGAGCCUGUGGCCCCCUUCACGCGGGAGACUACCUGGCGCGUGGACACGGUGGGCACGGAGGUCCGUCAGCUUUUCCAGUACGAGGCGGCUGAGCAGCUGGCCCAGGGCUACCCCGCCAAGGUGCACAUCCUGCCGCAGCCCCUGGAGAGCACAGGGGCUGUCAUCUACCGUGGCGGGCUCUUCUUCCAGCCCCGCCGCUCCCGUGCCCUGGCUCGCUACGACCUGCGGGGAGAGGCCAUCACGGCCGAGAGGGAGAUCCCCGGCGCCGGCUACCACGGGCAGUACCCUUACUCCUGGGGGGGCUACACUGACAUUGAUCUGGCGGUGGAUGAGACGGGGCUCUGGGUGAUCUACAGCACUGAGAAGGCCCGGGGGGCCAUCGUCCUUUCCAAGCUGGACCCCGAGACACUGGAGAUCCGGCGGACCUGGGAGACCAACAUCCGCAAGCGGGGGGUGGCCAACUCCUUCGUCAUCUGUGGCACCCUCUACACUGUCAGCAGCUAUUCGGCGCCCAACGCCACCAUCAACUUCGCCUACGACACAGCCACUGGCACGAGCCGGGCCCUCAGCAUCCCUUUUGAGAACCGCUUCCGCUACCUCAGCAUGGUGGACUACAACCCCGCCGAGCGGCAGCUCUUCGCCUGGGACAGCUUCAACAUGGUCACCUACCCCGUCCGCCUCUCCCAGGCGUGAGCCGGGGUCGGGGACGCGCCGGCUCAGCUCCCGCGACCCCUGUGCGUGCCUCGGCACCCCGCUUUGCUCCCCAGCUCCCCCCGGUGCGGCCGGGAGCGCUGCCUCGGACAGCCCCGGGCGAUGGUGGGGGCCACGCGCCGCCCAGCCACGCCGUGAUGGGGCCCCCAACGUCCCCGCUGGCACCUCCGGCAACAUCCCAUCGUGCUCGAGUGCAGGGGAGAGAAAUUAAGUGCUUCUCCAGAGCCUGGCUGAGCCAGCAACACGUCUCUCCCCAGCCUCGGCAGGUUUUGGAUGGGCCACAGUGGCAGCCAGCCCUGAGCUGCUCCAGCAUCCUCCGGGAGCACCCAGGCCGGCCAUCCCGAAUUUGGAGCAGUGAGGGCUCAGGCAUAGUGAAGGCUGGGCAGGGCAGGUGGUGGAGGUGGGGAGAUGCUGUCCAGGAGGGUUCUACCUAAAAUAAAUGCUUUCCUCGGUUGCAAGCAGCGAUCCCCUCUGCGGGGCCAGGGUUCGUGUUUCCAGGCUCUGGCUGAGCACGAGCACCAUUGCCGCCCUCCACACCCACCCCCCCACCGGCAGCAGCAGUUUUGGGGAGGCCUCCCUGGCUUGUGCCAGCCUCGCAGAGGAGAGCAGCAUUCACCCACCACCAGCACCCCCGCAGAACCGAGCUCCCUUGCCAAGAGCCCACAAGCGCCGCUGCAUCCCACACCGCCAGUGCUGGGGGUCAUCCCGGAGCUCAGCCGCCUCCAAAAAUCAUCCGGCAGCAUCAAAAGCAGCGAGGAAUACGGACACUCAUUGCACAAGCCUUGUUUUAUCGAGGAAGAAGAAGAAGAAGAAGCUGAGAGCGGUGGGGAGGAGUGCUGGCAGAGCAUAGCUUGGCGCGCCCAGCCCCUCUCGGCCACGUGCUUUGGCUUUACCGGCCGUGCCUGGCCACUGAUGCGGUGCAGCAGCUACGGCCCUGCCUGGCCGGCAGUGCUCCCCAUGCUGGGCCAAAACAUGCCGUUUUAACUAUUUAUUGUAGAAAGGCUGUAGGAGGCUUCCCCCCGCCCCGGCGUUCGGGGCAGACGGGGCAGCAGCGGCCGCAUGCCCCAGGGGAUGCAGAGGGUCUCAGCCCAAUAAAUGUUGCCCACCGA